AUGGAUAAAUUAUUUUUAGAUCAAACGUUUAAACUAUACAAAUCGAAUGAUACUUUACCUCAAUUGACACAACCUCAGCUAGACUAUAUUUCAACGAUAAUAUGCCAAUAUCUAUUCCAAACUUUGGCUAACGAUAUAAUAUCAGAGUAUAGAUCGUAUCAGGAUUUAUUCACAGACUUUAAAAUUACACACAACGUACGACAAUUUAAUCACUUUACGAUCACUUACAUCUCUGUAAGACACAGAGGAUUACUACCAAGACAAACCAUAAUAUUUAUCAAAUCUCCAAAUAAUAAUGAUGAAACUCGACCGUUUAAUGCGCUAGUGAUGAUAAAAGCAACCAAUUCAUCCUUGCUAAGCGUACUUAUUCAGGUGAUUGAAAAUUUAGCCACCGAAGUCCCAAUAAUUAUAAGGGACUUAAGGUUUACAGAAAAAUACCUCAAUCUUAUAAUAAAUAAUGUAUCAAGUGGUCUUGUUUCCAUGAAUAACUAUGCAGAAGUUAUUGGUGACGUUGAAUUAAUAUACCUGACGAGUCACCUCGUGUCGAACGAUUCAUUAAGAAACAUCACCAUUAGCGUCCCCGAAAAAGACAUACAAAAUUUAGCAGAUCUGCAAGGCCUUGUCGAAAACAUUAAUGCUUUCUUGAAGAGAACUAGUCAAUUGAAUUUCAAUAACAUACCGUUAUUUAGGUUUACCUCGCGAUUGAUCAACUUGUCUCAAGAUGGAAAACUCAAGAUAUCCAGCGAUAAACUACAUCUAGUACGAAACUCGGAUUUUAUCGAUAAUAUUUUUACAUCUAAUCAACUGCAACAUGACGCGUUAGAAGACCAGGAAAACCCGUUCAUUUGGUUUCUUAUUGGGUCAAUCUACAAUGAGAACUUUACUCAAUUAUAA